AUGUGGAACAACGGGGCGAUGAGCGGCCAAGUUUACCCACCGCCGCCGGCGGCGAUGGCGCCGCAGCCGCAGCCGCACGGGCAGGUGGCGGCCAACAACUGGGCGGGCAACGACGCCAACACGCUGCUGGUGGUGGCGACGCUGAUCACCACGCUCACGUACCAGCUCGGGUGCAGCGUCCCCGGCGGGUACUGGCAGGACACGCUGCCGGCGGACGGCAAGCAGAAGCCGCACGAGGCCGGUGACCCCAUCAUGCGCGACAAGCACCCGCAAAGGUAUUGGGUGUUCAUGGCGGCGAGCUGGAUGGGGUUCCUGGCGUCCAUGAUGAUGACGCUGAGCCUGCUGGUACGCCUGCCGGUGGACUCGCGGCAGGUCCGGUGGUCCUUCGCCGUCGCCUACUCCAGCCUGGUGCUCACCUUCAUCGUGUCGCAGGCCAAGACGCACAUCUCAAUCGACAUCGCCAUCUGGUUGGUCACCGUCGUUUUCCUGUGGCUCAUGAUCAGCGUCCGCCCUGAGCACCGGGCGCGUAUUCUCCGUUUCUUCUGCUGCAACCGCGAGAACUGACGCCCCAAGCUUUAGUGUUCUCAUGUCUUUGUCGGGUAUAAACUGCUGUGAGUUCAGAACUUUUUUGUCGUCUAAAAAGUUCAGAAGUUGUAACUUUGUUUAGACUCGGAGUAAUAACAAAAGGGGACGCCUAGGCGUCACUUAUAUUAAUUAAAAAGUCUUUCAGUCGAUUUUGUCAAA